AUGGAUCUUGAUGGUCGCAUUAAGGCCUAUCGUUUCGUCGCCUAUUCAGCUGUAACUUUUUCGGUGGUUUCGGUCUUAUCUGUUUGUAUUACCUUGCCUAUGGUUUACAAUUAUGUGCAUCAUGUACGUCAACAAAUGCAAAACGAAAUCACAUUUUGUCGGGGAUCAGCAAAAGAUAUAUGGGCAGAAGUACAUGAAUUAAAGAAUAUACCAGCCGUAAAGAACCGCACAUCUCGUCAAGCUGGUUAUGGGAGCGUAGACGCAGGAGUGAGCGGUGGUCAGGCUUCGCAAGGGGGUGCCUGUGAUGCAUGCUGCUUACCAGGACCUCCAGGACCAGCAGGUGCUCCUGGCAAACCAGGUAGACCAGGUAAACCGGGAGCACCCGGCCUACCAGGUAGUCCUGGAAAACCACCAAGUCAGCCUUGCGAACCAGUCACACCACCACCGUGUAAACCAUGUCCACCAGGACCACCCGGACCACCCGGACCUCCUGGACCACCUGGAGAUGUUGGCCCACCAGGAGCACCAGGUGCAUCUGGAGCAGAUGCACCACAAGGCGAACCUGGUCCCAAAGGACCGCCAGGACCAGCUGGAGAACCUGGACCACCAGGGCCACCAGGAGACCCAGGAACACCUGCUCCAAGCGAACCAGUUCUUCCUGGAGAAGCUGGAGCUCCUGGAGAACCUGGGCCACAGGGACCACCCGGGCCACCUGGUCAACCGGGUAGUGAUGGCUUGCCAGGUCCUGUAGGUCCGAAAGGACCACCAGGACCGGAUGGUCAACCAGGAGCAGAUGGCGCACCUGGACAGCCGGGACAACCAGGACCACCUGGAACUCAAGGAGAGAAAGGCAUCUGUCCGAAGUAUUGUGCCAUCGAUGGUGGUGUGUUCUUCGAAGAUGGUACUCGGCGUUAA